UCUGGCCACUCCCUGUCUCCGCUGCAGUCUUACGGUCCCCAAGCUGCUCCUGCCUCAUGGCACCAAUGGCGCUGGCCCUCAUCCUGGGUGAGUGACAAAGGGGACGUGGUGCCACGGGGGUUGGUGGCCCAGUGUGGGACCAGGACCGUGUUCCUUGCAGGUUGGUGGCUGGUGGCAGGAAACAGAGCACAGGAACUGCCCAGACCCUCCCUGUCGCUGCACCCCAGCCAGGGGGUGUCCCUGGGGGACAAUGUCACCCUGCGCUGCCACCUGCCCCAGCCGGCUGCACGAGUUGAGCUCUACAAGGAAGGGUUUUCGGGAUUUAAAAAGCAAGCACAUACGGACAUGGUACAGGACAUGGCUGAGUUCCCCUUGAUUAGUGUAAAGAGAAAAGAUGCAGUGAGAUAUCAGUGCCAGUACUGGGUGCUGGAGCCACCAGGGACAUUGGAGAAGAGUGAACCCAUGGAGCUGGUGGUGACAGAUCCCAACUAUCCCCCAGCCAGCAUUUCCAUGAUCCCCAAGGAACGUGUGGAAAUGGGGACGAAUGUCACCAUCCAGUGCAGCAACCAGGAGUAUGGGGGAAUCAUCUUCCUGCACAAGGAUGGGCACUCAGCCC